CUUUUUCCGGCGACGAAAGUUCCUACCAUUGAACAAGCACGUAUGGGAUCCACAGAGAGAUCUGCGAAUCCAAUCGUCGUCGUCGAGGGAUUAGGGUUUCACAUCCUCCUUUAAUCUCAUCGAAUCACCCUACCUUCUCUCAUUUCCAGAUUUUUUCGAUUCAAUUCUCCCGCGCUUGUGUGUGUAUGUAUUCGAUUGAGCUGGAUCCUCUCUAAUUUAUGUUGGAUUUUGAUUAUAUCAUUGAUUCUCUCACGUACCCUUGAUUCGGUGGAUGGUUCUCUGUAUGAAAGUAUCAGACUUUCCUUGAAUUGUGUAACUUUGUUUGAGUUGACUUUUGAUUGAAUUUUUGGUUUGGAAAAAAGAUUCGAUUUUUGAUGGAUUUGGAGAGUGAAAGCUCUGCACUUGAGUCUGUUGGUGAUAAUGGUUUGAUCCAACAAAGUUCCAUCAACACUUUUGAUGAUGAUAAUAAUAACGGUAAGAGUUUGGAUCAUGGAUCCUUCUCUGACGACAGUGUGAAACUUGUUAAGACUAGAAGUGGUGAUAAUGAAGCAUCUGCUGAGGUUGUUAAAGCGUUGAAUUUUGGUUCUUCUUCUCCGGUUUCUAAAGGACGUGGUUUGAGGAAAUGGAGGAGGAUCAGGAGAGACCUUGUUAAGGACACGUCUGGUAAUAUGGAGAAUAGUAAAGUUCUGAAGAGGGGCUUGUCAGGUUCUGCUGCUGCUGCUGCUCAUUCACAUGGUAAUAAACAGAUGGUGUUUCAGUCAUUGGAUAUUGAGCAAGAGAGUCAGGGAUCUGUUGGGUCUGUGAAUAUGUUGAAAAGUAUUGGCGGAGUUGAUGGUUUUGAUGAUGCUAGGUUUGUGGCUGGGCUUGGUUUUUCAGCUGGUGUUGGUGGUUUAGGAAAGGAUGAUGAUCGGAGUAGUAAGUCCUCUACGCCAGUGAUUGUUAGCUCAGGUGGUCAGAGAGGGAAAGGGAGGGUAGAGAAUAGUAAGAAGCAUAGAGGAGAAAGUGUUGAGAAGGAGAAUUCUCAAUCUAGCUUGGAAUCUGAUUCAAGAAAGCCGAGUGGAAGCCUAAUGAUGAACUUUAAUGAAAGGAUUGGUGAUGAAGCUGAUUUGAAUGGAGAAACUUCAAAGAGAAAUGAUGAUGCAGAAGAAGAAGGAGAAGAGUCAGUAAAUAAUAACAAUGGUUUCUCAGAGGAGCUGGAUCCGUUAACAGAGGCCAUUGAUGGUUUCAUCACCCUGCAAGAAGCUCUUGAAAAAGAGCUUCAGCAAUACGGGGAGAUUGGGAAGGAACCGAUGCCACAACAUCAUGAAGGAGCCAGUGAGGUAAGCUCACCUCGCUCAGAGAUUGUAACCCUGGUGAACGCUGUAGAACAGCUAGAGACCAAGCUUGAAGAGACAAGGUCCAUGCUUGAGGUGAAAGAAUCACACAUUCGUGAGCUUGAAUCCACCACGGACCAAAACAAACGCUCGUGGGGAGAAUCAGGAAACGUUUCAGAGACGGUAGUUGAAGAUAUCUUCCGGCAAAGGAUUGAAGCUGAGAUUGAAUAUCUGAUAUAUUCAAGAUCCAUUGAUAACUUGAAUCAUCAGAUGAAGCUGGUUGAAACACAAGAGGAAUUGGCAGAGGAGAAAGCUAAUGAGACGCUGAACAAGCUGGACAAAGUUCAAAUGAAGGCUGCUGAUUUAACAAACAGAGCUCAAGACCUGCAAAACGAGUGCAUAGAAACCACAGGAAGCAUCAAGAAGAGAGCAUGUAAGAUCACUUCAUGCUUUCUUAUACAGUUAGUGUUGUUGCUAACCGUAGCUUUGGUUUUCAUGUCUCAAUUGGUGCCGGAGUCAUCUGAUAUCGUUGUUGUACCCACCUGACCUUUUUGUUUUUGUAGCAAGCUGAGUUCAUUACUUUUUUUUUGGCUUUUCGCAUUUCUUGUUAGCAUUUCAGCUAUAGAGUUUUGGCAUCGGGUUAUAGAAUUAAAAGACAUGCUACUUUACACUUUGUUGGAAUAAAAUUCUGCAACUAAAAUGGAGAAUGGUUGAUCUUGCGU